GAGCAACCGCCCCAGAAGACUACAUACCAUGGAUUCUCAAUCACGAGCCUCCCAAAGACGAGGCUCCGAGAACCAGCACAUACCCCUCCAUCGUCGGAAACGGGUUCAAGUCGCCAGAGCGUGUGGUAGCUGCCGAGUACGUCGUAUCAGAUGUGACGAUAGCCAAACCCCGUGCUCCAACUGCGUGAGAAGUGGGAGCGAAUGCAGCAACAGCCGUGCACCAACGGCAUUUACCCUGGCACAAGCAAACCAGGAGAUUGCGUCAUUGAAGCAGAAAGUCCAGGAACUCGAAACGGAACUUAAACACCGCUGCAAUUGCAAUGGAGAUAGAGAUUCAGAUUCAGCGGUUCACAUAGGAUCAACACCGACACCGACGGCAUUGGCCUCGGGGUUUGCAGAAAAUACCACUGCAGAGCAAUAUUGGGGGGGCGUACAUUUCCGUCCUGCACGCUCCCACAACAGUCUCUGGCUCGGACCGUCGUCGCUGUACUCGUACAUCCAACGUCUCAGUGGCUUUCUAAGUCUCAACUUCAACCAUGAGCAACCCGCCCACCAACUCCUUCCCAUCUCCGCAAGUGACAACAGACUUCUUGACCGACCAGUGACGGGUCCCGAUCAGAGCCCGAUCCAUCCGCCUUUCCCUUCAACAUGUACAUCUCCAUCCAGCAGCUGCGUCUAUCUAACUCCCCUACAGGAGGACUUCUUCAUCAACCAUUUCUGGCAGACCUUCCAUGUCUCACUGUUUCCGAUCCUGGAUGAGGCUCACUUCAAGAAGCAUUAUCAGAGCCUAUGGAUUGCCGGCGGCAAGGAACGGAAACCAUCAGCCCUGGUCGAUAUCGUUGUUGCCAUGUGCAUGCAAUAUCACAUUUCCACACUGCCCCUGGACUCUCAAACCGGUCUUCUCGAUGGCAAAGACGCCCUAGUAGCCGGCCGAUGGCACUACUGGCGCGGACAGACCCUGUUAACCUACGAGCUCGAAAGCCCCACACUAUCCACCUUGCAAUGCCAUUUGCUCUGCGCAGUAUACCUGUGCGGGGGAUCUUUCCACAACAUGAUGGAUAGCUCCGUGAGCCUCGCCGUGCGCACGGCAUACAUCCUCGGUCUCCACGUGGAUCCUCCACCAAGCAUGUCCACACCAGACCGCGAGAUGCGAAGACGUCUAUGGUGGGCGGUUUAUCUGAUGGACAGCAAAGCGGGGAUGAAGCUCGGGCGACCCUUCAUGCUCAGUGAUUCCCACGCCACGCCAGCUCUCCCCAGCGAUACCUUCUCGACCGCUUCAACAUCCGGAUCAACCUUCGUUCCCAUCGGCGAAAACACCACCUGGCUGAGCUUCAACCUCCACCAAACCAAGCUCUACAUGCGCAUCCGAGCAGCCUACAACGCCUUCUUCAACAAAGACUUCCAGCUACAACCCGGCCAAACCAUCUGGGAUAACCCCUGUGCACUGCAAUCCGGCGCGGAGGUCCUCGCCCAACACACCCAGCUCAUCCAAGCCUGGACGGACAGCGUCCCCGAUGCCCUCAAACUCACGCGCCAGAACAACGGCACCCCCUUCUCCACCGACGGCACCCGCCUAGUCAUCGAACAAUUCAUCCCCCCCUGGCUCCAGCGCCAGCGCAUCCUCCUCGAACUGACCUACCACCACCUAAACACCAACCUCUACCGCCCCCUAAUCUCCUUCACCAACCACCAACCCCCCCUACCCAACCUACCCACCGACCCCAUCAUCACCCGCUGCGCCACCCACGCCAUAGCCCUAUCCAAACUCACCCACCAAAUAAUCACCGAAACCACCAUCCUAUCCGGCUGGCACGAAUCCUUCCACACCCAAUGGAACGCCACCAUAACCCUAAUCGGAUAUAUAACGAUCUACCCCUCCACGCCCCUGACAUCGGAAAUCCGAAACGCAAUCGAUCUCGCAGUCGCGGUAUUCGAGCAUUUCGGCGCGAAGUUCCCCGCCGCGGCGAACGCGAUGAGAAUCGUGCGCGGGCUCUGCGGUAAGGUCGAUGAGAUUCUCGCGCAGCAUCGGAGCUGGACCCAGACCGGGUCUUGGGAUGGUAGCAGCCGGGCAGCGAUCCUCUGGGAGGAUUCAGGUAGCAGUGUGCACCAGGAGACUUCUUCAUAUGGAAAUUCGGUUUCUCAACCGCCCGUGGUAGAUGGGAAUGAGAUCAGUGGCCCCUCAGAGUUGGAUCUCUUGGGGCUGGCGCUAGAUGUCGAUUUCUGGAAUGAGGUGUAUAUGCUCUGGCCGGAAACUGACUUAGACAUGACUUGUUCUUCAUAGGUUAAUAGUAAUUGGGGACGGUGUAUGUACUUCUUGAGAAUAUCUAGCAAGAUGGUUGGCUUAGGGAAAUCUGGGAAUAUGAUGAU